AUGUGCGUUGACUACACCAGUCUCAACAGUGCGUAUCCUAAAGACUGCUAUCCCCUCCCGAAGAUCGACCAGCUAGUCGAUGCGACGGUGAGGCACGCACGCCUCUCUUUCAUGGACGCCUAUUCAGGGUACAACCAGAUCAGGAUGGCGCCCGAAGACAGAGAGCAUACGGCUUUCCUCACCGAUCAAGGGAUAUACUUCUACAAGGUCAUGUCGUUCGGGUUAAAAAAUGCCGGAGCCACAUACCAGAGGACGGAAAACAAGAUGUUUGCCCAUCAAAUCGGCAGAAACAUAGAAGUCUACGUGGACGACAUGAUUGUGAAAAGCCGAGAGGCCAGAACGCACCUUGCCGACCUGGCCGAGGCCUUCGCCACGCUGCGCAAGUUCGGCAUGCGGCUCAACCCCACAAAGUGCGCUUUCGGCGUCACCUCCGGGAAGUUCCUAGGAUUCAUUGUACACCAGAGAGGAAUCGAUGCCGACCCGGAGAAGGUACAAGUAAUAAUCGAUAUGCAGUCCCCCCGGACGGUUAAGGACCUGCAGCGAUUCAACGGAAGACUUGUUGCCCUGUCCCGCUUCCUCGCCCGAUUGGGCGAUCGCUGCCUCCCGUUCUUCAAGGCGCUAAAAAACCAGAAGAAUUUCCAAUGGACAUCGGAAUGCGAGGAGGCUUUAAAGCAGAUAAAGCAGCACCUGGCCAGCCUCCCUUGGCUUGCCUCUGUCUCCCCCGGCGAGAAGCUGGGACUCUACCUAGCAGCCUCCCCGCAUGCGGUCAGCUCCGUCCUUGUCAAGGAAAGCUCCGGCCCGCAACUCCCGAUCUACUAUGUUAGCCACGUCCUGAGUAGACCUGAAGAGCGCUACCCGCCGAUAGAAAAACUCGCACUCGCCCUGGUGCUCUCGGCUCGGAAGUUGCGCCCUUACUUCCAGGCGCACCCGGUGGAAGUCAUCACCGACCAGCCUCUCCGGCAGGACUUAACAAAAUUCGAUGUUGCAGGUCGGCUCCUCCGAUGGGCGGUGGAGCUCGGUGAACAUGAUAUCAGUUACGUACCCAGGACUGCCAUGAAGGCCCAGGCGGUAGCCGACUUCGUCGCGGAGUUAGCUCCGAUGGAUAGAGAUCUCGAGCAAACCCCCGAGGCUUGGAUCCUACACGUGGACGACUCGGCCAACUCGAGGGAUGCCGGAGCGGGGCUGGUCCUCCUCGCCCCUGACGGACGCUCGUUCGAGCGUUCCCUCCGCUUCAGGUUUAAAGCCACUAAUAACGAGGCGGAAUACGAGGCACUCCUAGAGGGAUUGAGGCUGGCCCUCGAGAUGCAGGUGGAUGCAAUACACGUCCUCACCGACUCGCAACUUGUGGCCAAACAGCUCAGCGGUGGAUAUGAAGCUCGGGACGCAACCAUGGCCAAAUACCUGGCACGGGUAAGAGACCUAACCGCGAGAUUCCCUUACUUUACAUUAUCUAAUGUUCCGAGGGAGGAAAACGAGCGAGCCGAUGCGCUCGCUAAGCUAGCGUCAAGACAAACCCCCGAAGCAUGGCCAGAGAUUGAGGAGCUCCCCGCUCGCGCCAUCGAAGUAGCGACUAUGGCCCCAGGCGGUGCGCCGACCACGUGGGUGCAAGAGUUGCUACGCUUCAAGCGGGAUGGAACUCUCCCCCUCGACGAAGUCGCAGCUCGGCGUCUGCGCCGCACACACGCGUGGUACGCCGAGGAGAGUGGUCGGCUUUACAAAUGGUCCUUCACCCAUCCCCUCCUGCGAUGCUUGGAGCCUAACGAAGCACGGACAGUCCUGGCCGAAACUCACGAGGGGGUCUGCGGCAAACACAUCGGCGGACGAACCUUGGCGCACAAGAUACUCCGCCAAGGCUACUACUGGCCAACCAUGUGCCGAGAUGCGAAAGCCUACGUGCAGCGGUGCGGUUCGUGCCAGCAACACGCCUGUGCACCUCGACAACCCUCGGUUCCGCUCUGCCCCAUCGACUGCGCAUGGCCGUUUGCCCAGUGGGGGCUGGACCUCCUCGGUCCCUUCCCACCGGCUUUUGGACAGCAGAAGUACAUAAUUAUAGGAGUAGACUACUUCACAAAGUGGGUCGAGGCCGAGCCACUGGCGACGAUCACGAAACAUCAGAUGGAGAAAUUCGUGUGGAAGAACCUGGUAACUCGGUUGGGGUUGCCCAGGGCCAUUAUCACCGACAACGGACCUCAGUUCGCAAGCACAAGGUUCCGGGAAUUCUGCGCCCGUCAUGGCAUUCAACUAAGGUUCAGCUCGGUGGCCCACCCUCAGACGAACGGGUUGGCCGAGGUAACCAACCGGUCCAUCUUGGAUGGCCUCAAAAGAAGAGUGUCUGCGGCCCGAUCGACCUGGACGGACGAGCUCCCCAGUGUGUUAUGGUCGCUGCACACCACUCCCAAGACUGCGACCGGAGAAUCCCCAAACAGCUUGACGUUCGGAACCGAGGCCAUCCUACCACCCAAGAUGGCUAUCGCCACGCUUCGGACGAGGAGCUACGACGAGGAAGCCUCGAACCAGGGACUUCGCGCCAGCCUCGACAUGCUCGAGGAGCGACGUGCCGACGCGCACCUGAAGGCCCUCUCUCACUAG